AUGAAGUUCCUCGGUGCCGCCGUCGCCGGCAUCGCCAGCCUGCUGUCUCUUCAGGCCGCGGCCAGCCCCGUGCCGACGCCGGUCGAGGCCCGGCAGGCCACGGGGACCAUCUCCAACAACGUCAUCUUCUCGCCGCCCUCCAACGCCGGCUGGAUCGACCCCCGCGUCCUGUACGCCCGCACCAUCCAGCUCGAGUCGGGCGACCUGCUCGCCACCUGGGAGAACUACUCGCCCGAGCCGCCCAUCGUCCACUUCCCCAUCUGGCGCUCCCAGGACGGCGGCGCGACCUGGUCCGAGAUCGGCCGAGUCCAGGACACCGUCAACGGCUGGGGCCUCCGCUACCAGCCCACCCUCUACGAGCUGCCCGCGGCCUUUGGCGGGUACCCGGCCGGCACCAUCCUGCUCGCCGGCAACAGCAUCCCCACCGACCUGAGCCUGACCAAGAUCGACGUCUACGCCAGCACCGACGCCGGCGUCACCUGGGAGUUCGUCAGCAGCGUCGCCAGCGGAGGCGAGGCCCGUCCCAACAACGGCCUGACUCCGGUCUGGGAGCCUUUCUUCCUCCUCCACAACGAAAAGCUCAUCAUCUACUACGCCGACCAGCGCGACCCCAAGUACGGCCAGAAGCUGUCCCACGAGACCACGACGGACCUCAAGACCUGGAGCGGCGUCGUCAACGACGUCGUCGACGACAGCAACUACGAGGCCCGCCCCGGCAUGCCCGUCAUCGUCCAGCUGCCGAACAAGGACUUCAUCUACGCCUACGAGGUCUGCGGCACCGCCGGCUGCCGCGUGCACUACCGCCUCACCGCCGACCCGGAGAACGUCCUCGCGGCGCCGGGUAUCCCGCUCGUCUCGGACCGGGGCACGCGGCCCGUCAGCUCGCCCUACGUCGUCUGGACGCCCGUCGGCGGCGUCAACGGCACCAUCGUCCUCAGCGGCGGCAGCCAGUCCAACAUCUUUGUCAACCGCGCCCUCGGCGCCCCGGGCGCGUGGGUCGAGUACGCCGUGCCGCAGCCCAACGCCUACUCGCGCUCCCUCGAGAUCCUCGACGACGGCAGCAAGCUGGCCAUCAUCGGCGGCGGGAGGCUGCCCCCGAGCAGCACCAACCAGGUCAGCAUCAGCGUCGUUGACCUCAACGCCCUGCUUGGGCUGUAG